AUUCACAACGAACAUGAGAUUAAAAGCAUGGUGUAGUGGUGACCCAACAGGAAUGUGAAUUAUUACCCAGGACAUGCAGAGACCUGUGGAUGAACUGUGUGUCUAGAUUUUUUCCUCCAACUUUCCUGAAAGUAACAGAUCAAAAUGAGCAAGAGAUGCAUGAACGUGAGCCAGCAAACAUGGGCUCUUCUCUACAAGAACUAUCUUAAAAAAUGGAGGAUGAAAGCACAGACCUUGUUGGAAUGGUUCUUCUCGUUUCUCCUAGUGCUGUUUGUGUAUCUGUUUCCCUCCACUUUGCAUUACGUUCGUGACUCGCCUCAAAUGCUCAUCACGGAUUUGGGACAUGUCGAUACUUUCAAUGAUUCAAAUUACGUGAUUGCAUUUGCACCUGAAUCCAAAAUGGCCCGGGAGAUCAUGGACAAAGUGGCUUCAGCCCCUUUCAUAAAAGGAAGCACCGUCAUGGGGUGGCCUGAUGAAAAAAGCAUGGAUACUUUGGAUUUAAACUAUUCAAUAGAUGCUGUGAAAGUUGCCUUCACUGACACCCUCUCAUAUCGUUUGAAGUUUUCUUGGAGACAUAGAAUCCACAAGAUGAAAGAACACAAGAACCAUUCAGCUCGUUGUGAUGCAUUCGAAGAAACAAUCAUGUGUGAAGACUUAAUGUUCUGGGAAAAAGGCUUUGUGGCUUUUCAAGCUGCUAUUAAUGCUGCUGUCAUAGAAAUCAAAACAAACCAUUCAGUGAUGGAAGAGCUGAUGUCAAUUACCGGUAUAAAUAUGAAGAUGUUACCGUCUGUUGCCCAAGGAGGACUUGCAACUGAUUUUUUCAUUUUCUUCUGCAUUAUUUCUUUCUCUGCAUUUAUAUACAACGUAUCAGUGAAUGUUACACAAGAAAGACAAUACAUGAAGUCAAUGAUGACAAUGAUGGGACUUCGGGAGUCAGCAUUCUGGCUGUCCUGGGGUUUGAUGUAUGCUGGCUACAUCCUUAUUGUGGCCACUUUGAUGGCUCUUAUUGUAAAAUACGCACACGUUAUCGUCCUAACUGGUUUUGUGAUGGUCUUCAUUCUCUUUCUCCUGUACGGCCUGUCUUUGAUAACUUUAGCUUUCCUGAUGAGCGUGUUGAUAAAGAAACCUUUCCUUACUGGCUUGGUUGUCUUUCUCCUGAUUGUCUUUUGGGGGAUUCUGGGAUUCACAGCAUUGUACACAAAUAUUCCAGUAUUUUUGGAAUGGGCUUUUUUUCUUCUUAGUCCCUUUACCUUCACGAUUGGGAUGGCCCAGCUUCUACGUUUGGACUCCGAUGUGGAUGCUAAUGCCCAUUCGAAUUCUUCACAUAACCCACAUCUAGUCAUAGCUACUUUCUUCAUAUUGAUGCUUGAUACCCUUCUCUAUUUGACAUUGACGUUAUAUUUUGACAAAGUUUUGCCCUCUGACUACGGACGCCGACGUCCUCCCUUGUUUUUCCUGAAAAAAUCUUUCUGGUUUCAACACCAAAGGACUCAUCAUGUGGCCCUUGAGAAUGAAAUAGAGUCUGACCCUGCAUCUGAUGACUCUUUCGAACCAGUGUCUCCCGAGUUUCGUGGGAAAGAAGCCAUCAGAAUCAAAAAUCUUAAAAAAGAAUAUACAAGAAAGCAUGGAAAAGUAGAAGCUUUGGGAGGUCUGGUGUUUGACAUCUAUGAAGGCCAGAUCACAGCCCUCCUCGGUCACAGUGGAGCUGGAAAAACCACGCUGCUAAACAUACUUAGUGGGCUGUCAGUUCCAACAUCAGGUUCGGUCACUAUCUAUAAUCACCCACUUUCAGAAGUGGCUGAGCUGGAAACUGUCACUAAACUCAUGGGAAUUUGUCCACAAUCCAAUGUGCAAUUCGGCUUUCUCACUGUGAGAGAAAAUCUCAGGCUUUUUGCUAAAGUAAAAGGAAUUCUGCCACAGGAAGUGGAACAAGAGGUACGGCGAGCUUUGCAAGAAUUGAAGAUGGAAAAUAUUCAAGAUAUUUUGGCUCAGAAUUUAAGUGGUGGACAAAGUAGGAAGCUAACUUUUGGGAUUGCCAUGUUAGGAGAUCCUCAGGUUUUACUCUUGGAUGAACCAACUGCUGGCAUGGAUCUUCUCUCACAGCACCGAGUAUGGGAUCUUCUGAGAGAGAGGAGAUCAGACAGGGUGAUUCUCCUCAGUACGCAGUUCAUGGAUGAGGCUGACAGCUUGGCUGAUCGGAAGGCGUUCAUAUCCAAUGGGAGGCUGAAGUAUGCAGGCUCUUCGCUAGACCUGAAGAAAAAAUGGGGCAUUGGCUACAAUUUAAGUGUGCAUCUGAAUGAAAUGUGUGAUCCGGAGAGUCUAACAUCACUGGUUAAACAGCACAUACCCGAUGCCAAAUUGACAGCACAAAGUGAGAACAAAUUUGUCUAUAUUUUGCCUUUGGAAAGGACAAACAAAUUUCCAGACCUUUUCAAGGAUCUUGAUAGAUGUUCUAACCGAGGCAUUGAGAAUUAUGGUGUUUCCAUAACAACUUUGAAUGAGGUGUUCCUGAAAUUAGAAGGAAAAUCAACUGUUGAUGAAUCAG